AGAAUUUUUUUUGACAUUUCUGCCGGUCGAUUUCACGAAAGUGGUGCUAGAAAAAUUUUUUUUCCAGAAAAAAGAAUUUCAUCAUAUUCUUAAAAAAGUUAAUAAUUUAUUUAAAUUAAUAAACAAUGGCUGACGAUAAGAAAGAAUGUACCCUUUGUGACAAAGUUGGCCUCAAACCAUUCACAAAGCAUAAUAUUUAUUAUUAUUACAUCCCAUUGCAUGGAGUUGUGUCCUAUGGAGCCCUAGCUGUCAACGUCAUGAAUCCCAAAUUGGUUUCCAAAUUGGUUCCCAAUAAGGAUCUUACUGAUGUUCUACUCCUAAGUACAUUAUUUGGUACUUCAUUCUUCCUUUAUGGACGUCCCCAUUUGAGGACAAUUCCAAAUGGCAAAAGGGGACUUUACAGUCUCUUGGGAGGUACUUUAUUCAGCAUGGGAUCUUUGUUAAUGUGGGCUGUCCUCCGUCGCACUGUUCCCAACAACAAUGCUGCUUUGGCAACAGUUCUAGGAUUAGCUUCUGGUGCUGUAAUUGUUAAACUUAGCACCGACUAUUUUGACGAAUGCGACAAAUUAGUCGCUGGCAAGUGAGGUGGUGCUUCUUUGUAAUUGUUUUAAGAUUUAAGAUGCUUAAAUAGAAAUGUCCUUCUUUUUUUUUUAUAUAUAUAUACAAACAGAAUAAUUCUACCCCGAAAAUAAUUGUUAAUUUUUUCCUUCUAAUAAUUAUGUUCAAAAAAGUUAAAAAAAUAUGCGAGGUAUAAUUUAAUUUAUUUAGAAAUUAAGUGGCAAAAUAUCUGACCGGAUAUUACCGGUUGUGUUGAAAUCAAUAAAAAAUUAACAAAAAUUCAUUGUAA